AUAAAGGAGUCCUGCAGAACGGAGGGAUGAAGGAGAAACGUUCCCAUAACAUGAAAUCUACUCCUCCUAUGAUGGGCUUUUUGAAAUCAGCUGAAGUGUCUGUUCUGCUGAUGUCUAUUCUUCUUUGCACAGCCGACACCUACUCCAAUCUGGCUUCCUCAAACUUGGACUGCAUGGAAUGCCGGCUGGAGAAAAACAGCAUAUUCUCAAGGGAAGGUAAACCGGUCUACCAGUGCAUAGGAUGUUGCUUCUCCAGAGCGUACCCAACACCACUGCGAGCUAUGCAGACCAUGACAGUUCCAAAGAACAUCACUUCAGAGGCAACUUGCUGUGUUGCAAAGCACAGCCACGAGUUCCUCUUUCAGACAAUCGAACAUACCAUCCCAGUGAGAAACCAUACGGAGUGUCACUGCAGCACCUGCUAUUAUCACAAGAUGUGAGAAGAGGAGAUCAGUCUGUGCUCAGCUUUGGAAAAGAGUUGGAUUCUUAAAAAAAAAAAAAAAAA